AUGUGGGGCAUAGGUAGAUACCUGGAAGACAUGGCUUCUCGAGUGACCUGUCAGGUCGCAAAACCGGAUGCUGUCCAGGAAAUGGCCAGGAGGUGGAUGUCAGAUGUUACAAUCAGUGCAGCCACUGUACUCGAUGAAGUCCCGACGGACCUACAGAGGGGCUCAAAAUACAGGGAUCUAAUAAUAAUGCUUGGUCUCUUUCCGCACCUAUCCGUGCCCAAAGAGAUCAUGCGCUUACUCACGUCUCCCAAUCACGCCCUUCUAAAAUCUCGCUCUAAGAUUGUGUUCACCAAUCUGCU